AUGACGUUCCUACAUCCGCGGCCGGGAGAUGACAGCCACAUCAUACUGUUGCUAGUACUCGUCAAACAUCGCAGAUCGAGGACCACGUCGACGACGGUCAUCUAUGAGUGGGAACUCGGCGACGACUUGAACCAGGUAUUUGCCGAAGAGAAACAAGGCCACCGCAUGCCUGUCGAGUUUCAAAUGCCUUUGAUGCUGAUCCCCUUGACAAUCCAAUCGGCCUUCCUCGCCGUAUCGGCCGACCGGAUUGGCUUGUGCACCGAAUGCUUGCACGGGCCGCCCGUGUUCGAGACCAUCGAGCUCUCAGCGAGCCCCCCUACCAGAAACCAUCGGGGACGCGGGGCUCCAUUAUGGGCUGCGUGGGCUAGGCCUUUUCGCCUCUGGUCUUACAACAAGACCCGUGAUUGCGUCUAUCUCGCCCGCGAAGAUGGCGUGGUCCUUCUAUUAGAAGCCGACCAGGACGGCGCCCUCGCCAGCCACGCCUUGGAUCCUUUCCCAUGCAACAUAUCGAACACUUUUGCUUGCAUCUUUGACCACAGCACCGAUGUGCUUGUCCUCGGAAGUCACUCGGGCCCGGGGGGGUGCUGGAAACUCCCUCCACGGCAACCAGCAGAACUCCUUGGAUAUAUAUCAAAUUGGUCACCGGUUGUGGACUUCACAACCACCGACGACUUCACAGGAUGGCACCCCUCAAACCACCCUGGCAAGGUCAUGAUUCCGUGGCAAGAAGCCAAACUCCGGAGACCGGACCGCAUUUUUGCGACCUGCGAGGGCGGGAGAGCGGGUUCUAUUACAGAAUACCGAUACGGGUUGAAAGCCAAUAUCGGGCUGGAUCUCGAAUACGGACCCGAGAUGAAAAAGGCUUGGCUUAUACCCUACAUUGACCCGCCCUACGUCGUGGGCUAUCUACUGCUAAUCUCUAAGCCCGACUCUACUGCAGCCCUGCUUUUGGCCGCAGACUUCUCCGGUGCUACAGUCCCCGGCCACGGGACCAUACCGUUUGACCUGUCUUCUAGCACACUGAUCCUAGUGAGCCAUAACCAAAUGACGAUACAGGUCACCCAGGAAGCCGUGGUUUUGACCAACCACCAUGGAAGCAUCUUGUUGCGAUAUCAAUCUCUCCCUGGGCUUUUGGAUCGUCACCUCGUCGACGCUUGUGUUCUUGGAGACCUCGUUGCUCUGUCAACAUCUGCGGGCACUCGGUUUCAGAUCCAUCUAUUUAAAGCCGACCUCGAAAACCUAUCGCUGACGCACGUCCGGACCGUCGACGUCGACGGCGAUGUCACCUGCCUUGCCCUGGCCCCUGGUGGCACCGUUUUCGCCGGGAUUUGGACCGGCACCCAGGCAUAUAUGGCUUGGGGCUCACUGCAAGAACCUGUCGAUGGUCUUCGCAUGAUCGACCUCUCAAAGUACGUGUCAGAUAAUGAUGCGAGUCUCGGACUGGAACAAGCGCCCUUGGUCGAAGGCAUCGAAAGCAUCACCUCGGUCGGGGAUACCGUUUUUCUAGGCACGCGGACCGGAAAGAUGAUAACGGUGAAGCAUACUGCCGACCCUAUCUCCAUCCAGGAUGAGAAGUUCGGCACAACACCAGCCACUGUUAGCUGCAGUCAACGGCCUGGUGCAACCCAUGCUACCAUACUUGUCUGUUGCGACAACAGCCUCGUCUCUGUUCGCCUUCGCCAACUCGCCUGUCGCUAUAGCGGCGGCGGCGGUGAUCUUAAGACCAAUUUCCGCGUUUGGCCGGUAGACGCCAGCAAACUCGGGGCCGGCGUACCACACAUCCAGUAUGCCACGGUCGUGGAAACGCCAUGCAAGGCCGGGAUUACCACGGUCUUGAUGAUAUCUGGGUCAAGGCUCUUGCUGGCAGAGAUGCACGAAGAACCCGGGCCGGUCCAUCGGAGCAUUACCGUUAAAGGAGGGAUGCCCAACAGAGUGAUAUACUGCCAUUUCUUGCAGUGUCUUGUUGUUGCGGUUGACGCCAGGGCGGGACCGGAUCUGAUGUUUAUCAAUCCUGACACUGGAGAACAGAUCGGGAAAUCCACCGAUCAAAGGGGAGUGAUGCAGUUCUACAUCGCGGGCUUGGGAAAACAAGACGACCGGAUCACGGCGCUUACAGAGUGGAAUUAUCGAAGGGAUAAGAACGUUUGGAACUUCAUCAUCGUCACCACCAUGGGCGGCCAGCUGAUCGUGGUCACUACCGAGAAAAUACCUCCCCAAAAUGGCGGCCCCGCGACGAUCCGCUACUGGACGCGGUUUAAGAAGGACGUCAAGGAGGCAGUAUACGCCGUCGUCGGUUACGACGAAGGUCUCAUCUACUCCACCCACCACACGAUUCAUUGGGAAGUGAUAGACCACCAAGAAAAGAGGCUCCGGCCGCUCAAAUGCCAAUCGCUGAGCUCGACAGCCACGCGCCUGCGCAUCUCCAAUGGCAAGCUUCACGCCCUAACCCACCACGACUCCUUGGUCAUCUUUGAUAACAUCGACCCGGGCACGAGCACGGCCGAGGCCCAGGCCUGCUUCGCUGACCCCUGGCGGCGAAGCGCCUUCGACUGCAUCGAGGUCGCCGGCUCGCCGGCACCAACACAAACACAAACACAAACGGACACUGAAGCGAGCACGAGCACGGUCACAACCACAUCCACAACCACGGACUACGACAUCGCGGGCGGCAUCCACCUCGUAUCGGAACGCGGCCGAGGCGUCGCCGCACUAUGGGUGCCGUGGCAGUCCCAGAACAAGGUGUGCGAGGUGGUGCUCGAGGCCGAGCUGCCGUCAUCCAUCCGCCGCUUCUGCCGCGGCCGCACCCGGCCCGUCUGGGACCAGCUGUCCGGCCGGCCCCGCUUCGGCCGCCUGCCGGCGACGGUGGACGACGCCGAGAUCCUGGGCGUGGCGCUCGACGGCUCGCUGUACCGGUUCACGCUGCUGAGCAUCGAGGCUUGGCGGCUGCUGCGGUUUGUGCAGAACCUCGCGAUGGCUAAGCCCUUCGUGUGUCCGUUCGGGGCGAGCGUGGCGCGCAUGCGCGGCUUGGAUGAUGGAGUGGAGGACCCGGAUUGGGGGUCGGAGCCUACGCCGGGGGGUGGCGGGGAGAUGCAGGUGGAUGGGGAUAUUCUGCGCCGGUGUUUGGAGAGGAGGGUGCUGGAGUUGUUGGUGGGCAAGGAUGAGCAUGCCGAGAGGCUUGCUAAGUUCCUGAGGGCGCUGGAUGGAGGGCGGUAUACCGAGGGGUUCGCGGAGAAGGGCGACCAUGCUAAGUACUUCCGGCUUGCGUAUGAGGUCCUGGAGUAUUACUUGUCGCUUGGCAUUUAG